AUGAGACCUAGCAGGAUCGUUUUGGCAUUAACCAUGGGUCUGGUCGUACUGGCGGACGUAACCACCACGUCUUCAUCUUCUAGUACCGGCACUGCUGUUGCAGAUGCGGCCGCUGCCACAUCAUCUGAAACAAGCACAGAUUCUUCUUCAACAGAUCCUGCUGCGGCCACCACCUCUUCGUCCUCGUCCUUGACCUCCUCGUCAUCUUCGAGCUCGUCCUCGACGUCGGCCACCACCACCGCCGCCGUUGCUGCUGCUGUGGCCGAUGCUACCACUGACUCCACUGACACCACUGGCACAACAGGCACAACGGGCACCACCGGCACUACAACUGCCGCAGUUGCCACCGCAGCAACUACAACGGCGUUGACAGCUCAGUCAUCGGACACGGAAACUGACUCGUCGUCCACCACCGCAUCCCCAACCAUCGUUUGGGUCACUCUCACCGAGAAUAAUACACCAACCACAGUCUCGACCACUUGGCAGCAAAAAUUCACCUCUAUGUACUCAACCAUUGCAACCCCGUCAUCUGGCUCCGUUGGACUCGGGUCCUUGAGCUCGCGGGGAACCGUGGGAACACUGCGUUCGUACCGUACUGCAACGGUUUCGUCGUCGUCCUAA